ACUGCAUAUCAAUAUCGAGGAUCUGCAUAGCCUCAAAGAAGCGAAUCCUUCGAAGUCCGUAGACGUGGCCGCUACAUAGUCAGCGAUGCGCCGCCAUGAAUAUGUACCCUAGACUCUCGACCAUAUGUCAAGAUGCCGAUUGAAUCGAUUUUAUCGCUCGACGGAAGCUACGGGUCAGCAAUACUAGCCUUGAUCUUUGGAGCCGGCCUUUUGCUCGUAGGCUACCGCGCCUUGUUCCAUCCUCUAGCGCAAUUCCCUGGCCCUCGGCUCGCUGCCAUUUCUGGUCUGUGGCAAAUUUGGCAUUAUGCUAUCGGAGACUGGUCCGAAGUCAUUCUUGAACUGCACCAAAAAUAUGGCAAAAUUGUCCGGCUGGCACCGAAUGAGCUGUCGAUCGUCGACGAGGCAGCUAUGAAGGCACUCUAUGGCCAUGGUACCACUGCUAUCAAAGGUUGUUGGUACUCUGGAUUCCAGCCUCCCCAAGCAGCACCGAAUAUCUUGGCCACACGAGAUCCGAAAGUCCAUGCUUUAGUCCGUCGCAGAAUAGCUCCUGCUUUCAAGAUGACUGCCGUACUUCGACUUGAGAGCUCUAUGCAAGAUUGCCUGGAUAGACUCUGGCAAAAGCUUGGGAAGUCUGCGUCGGAAGGCGUGACCGUAGAUAUGUGCCAUGCUAUUGAUACUCUGACCUGGGACAUCAUGGGCCAGCUGUGUUACGGAGAACCUCUGGGGUCAAUCGUUGGCGCCGAUAACAUGAAUCUCCAAGGCAUUCUGAACAGUCUGAUGACGGUCUCCACGGUUCUAGGACUUAUGUGGGGCCAACUUUUCUGGGUUGAUAACCCGGUGACUCGCAUCCUUGGGAUCAAGAACCCUAUCGAGGAGUUUUUCAAUUGGUCGUCGGCGAAGGUUCGAGAGCAUGAGGAUGCUGAUCGCAGUAAUGUCCAGCCUGACAUGGUUGAUCACUUUCUCGCUUACAGAGACUCUGAAGGGAACUCGCCAUCUCAUCUUCAAGUUGUCGACGGUGCUUUCGCGGUCACAGGUGCGGGAGCAGAUACUGUGGCGAUCGCGAUGCGCUCAGCUCUAUAUUAUUUGAGCUCCAACCCAGCAGUUCUCCGAAAACUGCAGAUAGAAGUUGACCAAGUGGAUAUUGGCGGAUCAAUCUCCUACAAACAGACUCAACAGCUUCAGUACCUAAAGGCGGUCGUCAGAGAAAGUCUGAGAAUGUACCCCUCUAUACCAGCUCAGCUGCCUCGAGUCGUGCCUGCAGGUGGCCUGUCUGUUGCCGAGCACAGUAUUCCUUCGGGAACGGUAGUAGGCAUCAGCAGUCUGGCCCAGAACAGGGACACGGCAGUUUUUGGACAAGAUGCCAGUGUGUUCAACCCGGAGCGAUGGCUGGGUGCAGAGUCCGAGGCGCGAUCGCUGGAAGCUGCUCUGUUCAACUUUGGAGGCAUAGGACCGCGAUCCUGUCCAGGUAGAGAUCUUGCUAUGAUCGAGUUGUACAAGUUCGUUGCUCAGAUGGUACAAAAGUUCGAAUUUGAGCUGGACGACAAGGAGCGGCCAUUUUCAGCAAAGACCUACUUUUUCGUCCUACAAUCUGACAUGCGCAUGAAGCUCGCUCGUCGAGAGAGACGCGCCAAAGCUCAGGCCAAUUGAGUGGCCUCAGUGGUUGCAAGGAAAGUUGAUCAUGUUGGAGGACAGCCUCUAUUGUUAUUUUCUUAAAAGCAGGUGUUGAUGGAUUCUCCUCCCCAACACAGCCAGGGAUAAGACGAGGGCCUUCUCCAAAGUGGGGGUGGGGUAAAUUUGAGCGACCC